UCAAACCCACAUCCCACUUCUUCAGUACGGCUUUGGUCGGUCUAUCCGCCAUCACCUUCCACCGCUGACCUCUCACCUCUCUCUUUACAUUAUUCACCUCGCUCAAUCUGUCCAAUUCUAGGGUUUCAUAACUUCAUUCCUAGGGUUAGGGUUUUAUCAAACCCCCUCAGUUCUCAAAACCCCCAUUGUCCGCAAUUAAAAUCCUGCCUCAGCCCAAGUGUUGAUUGUAUCGAAUUACACACCCAAUUUGCUCAAUUUCACAACCCACGAAUCAAAAUCACGCCUUUUGCUUUCUUUUUUCUUCAAUUCGAUCAAUGUGAGCUAGGUUUUCAAUCGAUCCAAUCCAGAUUCAUGGCUCCUUCUGCGUAUGUUGAAGCUUGAGAAACCUCGGUUCUCUGUGUGAUUCAGGAGUGGUGCAUUCAUCAUGGCGGCUCCGAGAAACUUGGGGAACGAUGGUGGGAGGUUGAGGGACGAGGAGAACGCGAAUGAGGAUGAUUCUCCGACCACCAAGAAGCCGGCCGGGGUGAAAAUUGACGGGAGAUUCCCGCUGACAAGGUGGGAGUUCACGGUGGCUCUGGGAGUGUUUGUGUUCUUCUCCAUCGGUUUGUUUUGUAUUUACUUGACAAUGCCGGCCGCGGAGUAUGGACGGAUUAGGCUGCCUCGGACAAUUUCGGAUCUCCGCAUGCUCAAAGAUCAACUUGCAACAUAUGCAAAUGAUUACCCAGCUCAAUUUAUCAUGGGUUACUGCUCAACUUACAUCUUCAUGCAGACAUUUAUGAUUCCGGGCACCAUUUUUAUGUCAUUGCUCGCUGGAGCUCUUUUUGGUGUUGUCAGGGGCCUUUUCUUGGUUGUCUUCAAUGCCACAGCUGGUGCAUCAUCCUGCUAUUUUCUCUCAAAGUUAAUUGGAAGGCCUUUAGUUAACUGGCUGUGGCCUGAAAAGUUGAGAUUGUUCCAGGCAGAGAUUUCAAAACGCAGGGAGAAGCUACUAAAUUACAUGCUCUUUUUGCGGAUAACUCCAACCUUGCCCAACCUUUUUAUCAAUUUGGCCUCUCCAAUUGUGGAUAUACCAUUUCAUGUUUUCUUUCUAGCUACAUUGGUCGGUCUUAUUCCAGCAUCUUACAUCACAGUCAGAGCUGGGCUUGCUCUUGGGGAUCUCAAGUCAGUGAAGGAUCUAUAUGAUUUUAAAACUUUGUCAGUGCUUUUCCUCAUUGGAUUUAUUUCCAUACUUCCUACACUUCUGAAGAGAAAGCGAACAUAUGAAUGAAUGUUGUGUUGGUGAGGCCCCCCUUAUCUACUAAUGAAUGCAAACUUAACUUGUCAGAUACUUGGAUAUCAUGACUGUUUUUACCCAUUUUAGGACCCCAAGCAGGAGUUGAGGUGCAGGACCCUGGUUGCAAAUUGUAUUCCUUUUUUUUUUUUCGUUCUUUCUUUUCUUUUUCUUUUUUUUCCAUGUAAUGCACCAGAGGGUAGGUCUUCAACUUUUUUAUCGUGAUACACGGGUUGACUUACUCACCCCCUAUAGAGAGCACAAAAGAAAAAGAGAGAAGAAAGGAAAUGAAAUCCGACUAUUGCCUGUUUCUGUGUUAAAACUUGAAUCAAAUGAUACUGAAUAUGGAUGUUGGGAUAAUUGGGAGCAAGAGUUGUAUCAUUUGGUGUAAGAUUACCCUUUUUCUGCUGAGAUGAAUCUGAGCAGAAUCAAAAUUUGGUUUUAGUGGGCUAUAUCUGAUAAAUAGGUUUUUGUAAACUCCCUUGGAUGACACAUCUUAUUACUGUUAUGUUUUGCACUCUUUACUGUCUUUUUUUAAUGAGGUUCAGCCAAUUCUGAUGAAUGAUAAAAGACUGCCAAUUGUAAAUGCUA